UAUCUGUUUUUAUCCCUAUGCUCAGCAGAGGCAGACUUGUCUCUUUAACUCUGGGAAGUCCAGUUCAACAGUCUACGAACAAACUCUAAGUUUGGUAGUACCAUUCUGUAAGUUCUAAAGCCCUUUCGUUCUCUUAUUGUUGUAGAGGGAAUAAUCAGAGUGCACCUUCAAAAAGGAAUACAGCCUUUCCUACUUGAGGCCCCUAGGCUACUGUGUAUGUUUUAGGCUACUCUAAAUGCACAAUGUGAUUGCCAAAAGUUGCUCAACAACACACACACACACACAUUGGUAGCCUACGCAAACUUUGUUGGCACACUCUUCCACUUUCGCUCCACUUUCAAAAUCUUUCCCUUAAGGAUCUUACUUGAAGGGGUAGAAGACGAAAGAUUACUGUAGAAUGGGUGAACGACGCUACGAGGGCAAAGAGCAUGCAUACUCUUAUCAGAAAUACAGAGUGUCUCCGCUGGAGCUUGUGGAGGAAAUGUUAUCCUUUCUACAGAAAUGGCAGAAAACAAAGCCAUUUCCUCUUGCUCUGGAUGUGGGAUGUGGAUCGGGGCAGGGGACUGUGCUGUUGGCACCUCACUUUCUCCAAGUGGUUGGCACAGAUAUCAGCCCUGCUAUGCUUGAGUUUGCCCAGGCUGGUGACCAUCCUCCUAAUGUCUCUUACAGGCAAUGCCCAGCAGAGCAGUUGCCCUUUGAGGACGGCACGGUAGAUCUGUUGACGUCCAUGACGGCCGCACACUGGUUCGACCGCCCUCGCUUCCUGCUGGAGGCCGACCGAGUCCUGAGGCCGGGGGGAUGCCUGGCCCUGAUCAGCUACACCAUGGACUUUGAGCUGGAGUGUGGCGAUCACAGCGGCCACCUCAAUGCCAUCUGUCAGGAGUUCUAUGCUGCUCUACGACCAUACCGCAUACCUCAUCUGGGUACCAGCUCUCUGAUGCUUUACAAGCAGAUGUACGACUCCAUCCCUUAUGAAGAUAAGGAGUGGCAUGACUGUUUGCGGGUUCGGAGAAAGAUGCCCCUCGCCAGCUACAUCCACCUGGUAGAGACCUUCACCAGCUAUCAGGCCUUGCUGCAGAAGGAUCCCCAGGAAGCACAGACACUUUCUCAGGACAUCACAGACAAGUUAGUCUCUACUAUGGGUGUUUCAUCUCCUGAGACAGAAGUGACCGUGGUGGUAAAAUACUUCUAUCUGCUGGCCUGUAAACCAUCAACAAAGUGAAUGUUGUUAAAAAGCUAACAGUAAUACAGAACAUGUUGUGGUUACUUAGGUAUAACAUAGUAACUAACACAUUCAAAUGGAAAACUGCCUAAUGUUUUUAUAGUCCAGCUAAAGAAAACCUGAUAACACUGGUUAAGGUAGCCUAAUCUGCAAGUAAUGUGUGUUUGAUUUUAUUCUUUUUCUCUCUCUGGGUAUAGUGUUGUCAGAUGCAUUACAGCCAUUCCUUCUGUUUAACUGACCAACAUAAUGUAAUACACUGUUGUGCUGCCAUGACCAUUAGAUAGAUAGUUUCUGUUUUAAAA